UAGGUCAGUUCGGUCCAUAUGACAUCCCCCAUCUGACUCAACUGUGUCCCUCCUGCACUUAAAGAAGACUGCGCGUCAUUUUCGCUCUUUUCCACCUCCGACUGUGAGGUGCCGGGUACAGCUAGUCUUGUGUCGACAUCUGACAGCAAUCAUGGUGAACUUUACAGUAGAUCAGAUCCGUGAGAUCAUGGACAAGAAGGCCAACAUCAGGAACAUGUCUGUGAUCGCACAUGUGGACCAUGGGAAGUCCACCCUGACAGACUCGCUGGUGUCCAAGGCAGGGAUCAUCGCGUCGGGCCGGGCCGGGGAGACCCGCUUCACAGACACCAGGAAGGACGAGCAGGAACGCUGCAUCACCAUCAAGUCCACAGCUAUCUCUCUGUACUACGAGCUUAAGGAGAGCGACUUGUCCUUCAUCAAGCAGAGCAAGGACGGUCUGGGCUUCCUCAUCAACCUGAUCGACUCCCCGGGCCACGUGGACUUCUCCUCCGAGGUGACUGCAGCUCUGAGGGUGACAGACGGCGCGCUUGUAGUGGUAGACUGUGUCUCAGGUGUGUGCGUCCAGACAGAGACUGUGCUCCGCCAGGCCAUCGCCGAGCGCAUCAAGCCCGUCCUGAUGAUGAACAAGAUGGACCGUGCCCUGCUGGAGCUGCAGCUGCAGCCGGACGAGCUGUUCCAGACGUUCCAGCGCAUCGUGGAGAACGUCAACGUCAUCAUCUGCACCUACGGGGAGACGGAGAACGGGCCCAUGGGGAACAUCCUGAUUGACCCGGUGAUCGGGACAGUUGGCUUUGGCUCCGGGCUGCACGGUUGGGCCUUCACCCUCAAGCAGUUUGCUGAGAUGUACGUGGCGAAGUUUGCAGCCAAGGGCGACAAGAAGGCAGAGAUCCCGCCAGCGGAGCACUGCAAGAAGGUGGAGGACAUGAUGAAGAAGCUGUGGGGAGACAAGUACUUUGAUCCAGCCGUUGGAAAAUUCAGCAAAACGGCCACGAACGCAGAAGGCAAGAAGCUGCCUCGCACCUUCUGCCAACUGGUCCUGGAUCCCAUCUUCAAGGUUUUUGACGUCAUCAUGAACUUCAAAAAAGAAGAGACACAGAAACUGAUUGAGAAGCUGGAUGUGAAGCUCGACGCCGAUGACAAAGAGAAGGAAGGCAAACCUCUCCUGAAGGCAGUGAUGCGGCGCUGGUUACCUGCCGGCGAGGCCCUGCUCCAGAUGAUCACCAUCCACCUGCCGUCGCCCGUCACCGCCCAGAAGUACCGCUGUGAGCUCCUGUACGAGGGCCCCAUGGAUGACGAGGCCGCCAUGGGUGUGAAGAACUGUGACCCUAAAGCACCGCUGAUGAUGUACAUCUCCAAGAUGGUUCCCACCACAGACAAGGGCCGCUUCUACGCCUUCGGCCGUGUUUUCUCCGGCGUUGUUUCCACGGGACAGAAGGUGCGCAUCAUGGGUCCCAACUACACCCCUGGGAAGAAGGAAGACCUGUACAUCAAGCCCAUCCAGAGGACCAUCCUGAUGAUGGGCCGCUAUGUAGAGCCCAUCGAGGACGUCCCCUGUGGCAACAUCGUGGGGCUGGUGGGCGUGGACCAGUUCCUGGUGAAGACCGGAACCAUCAGCACCUUCGAGCAUGCCCACAACAUGAGGGUGAUGAAGUUCAGCGUGAGCCCCGUGGUCAGGGUGGCGGUGGAGGCCAAGAACCCGGCCGACCUGCCCAAGCUGGUGGAGGGGCUGAAGCGCCUGGCCAAGUCCGACCCCAUGGUGCAGUGCAUCAUUGAGGAGUCAGGAGAACACAUUGUGGCUGGAGCGGGAGAACUUCACCUGGAGAUCUGCCUCAAGGACCUGGAGGAAGACCACGCUGGCAUCCCCUUAAAAAAAUCAGACCCGGUGGUUUCGUACCGUGAGACCGUCCAAGAGGACUCAGACCAGAUGUGUCUGUCCAAGUCCCCCAACAAGCACAACAGGCUGUACAUGAAGGCUCGCCCGCUGUCGGAGGGCCUGGCGGAGGACGUGGACAAGGGCGAUGUGUCAGCCAGGCAGGAGCUCAAGCUGAGGGCUCGCUACCUCUCCGAGAAGUACGAGUGGGAGGUGACUGAGGCCCGCAAGAUCUGGUGCUUCGGCCCAGACGGGACGGGACCCAACAUCCUGGUGGACGUCACCAAGGGGGUGCAGUACCUGAACGAGAUCAAGGACAGCGUGGUGGCCGGGUUUCAGUGGGCCACCAAGGAGGGAGCCCUGUGUGAGGAGAACAUGAGGGCCGUUCGUUUCGACAUCCAGGACGUCACCCUUCACGCAGACGCCAUCCACCGUGGCGGUGGACAGAUCAUCCCCACGGCCCGCCGCGUCCUCUACGCCUCCGUGCUCACCGCCCAGCCACGCCUCAUGGAGCCCAUCUACCUGGUGGAGAUCCAGUGUCCUGAGCAGGUGGUUGGAGGAAUCUACGGUGUGUUGAACAGGAAGAGAGGCCAUGUGUUCGAGGAGUGCCAAGUGGCUGGAACACCUAUAUUUAUUGUAAAGGCGUAUCUUCCUGUCAAUGAAUCAUUUGGCUUCACAGCUGACCUGCGGUCCAACACGGGUGGACAGGCCUUCCCUCAGUGCGUGUUCAACCACUGGCAGAUCCUGCCUGGAGACCCCUUUGACGAGAACAGUCGGCCAUGCCAGGUGGUGGCAGAGACCCGCAAACGAAAAGGCCUCAAAGAGGGCAUUCCUGGCCUUGACAACUUCCUGGACAAACUAUAAUGGGCUCGUUUGAACUGCUCCAGAGAAAUUUGUCAUUAUAGCACUUAACUGUCAAAACAAAAUAAAAACAAAAAUAAUGAAAAUACAACUGCGCAACGUAUAAAAACAAAACAAAAAAUGAAAACAUGGGGAAAGGUUUACAGUAAAUAUAGGAUAGGGUGAAUAAAAUCCUUGACAUCUGUUGAAUCACAUCCAAUAAAAAAUAAGCACCAUA